AUGUUAAGAAGAAUAGCCAGAGCUUACUCGACCUGUGGGAAGGUGUUCCCUCAAGAACCAGUGAAACCACAGCUUAUCAGCUCGUCAGUCCCUGGGCCCUUGAGUGUCGAAGCAAACAAUCAAUUGGGGACCAUCUUUGAUAAUAGAGCUGCGUAUUUCGUCACUGACUAUGAAAAUAGUUUGGGUAAUUAUAUAAGUGACGUUGAUGGGAACUUGUUGUUGGACGUUUAUUGUCAAAUAUCCUCAAUUGCCUUGGGUUAUAAUAAUCCGUCGUUGAAAAAAACCGCUCAAUCAAAGGAAAUGAUUGACAGUUUAAUUAAUAGACCGGCAUUGGCUUGUUUCCCUUCGAAAAAUUAUGCUCAGAUCUUAAAUGAAGGUAUUUUGGCGGCUGCUCCUCCUGGUAUGUCGAAAGUUUGGACUGCUUUAAGUGGGAGUUGUGCAAAUGAAACCGCUUAUAAAGCCGCGUUUAUGUAUCAAGCUGCUAAGGAAAGAGGUCUGUUGGAUUUUAAUCACGAAGAAUUGGAGUCAGUGAUGCAAAACAAAUUCCCCGGUAGCUCGAAGAAAGUCAUUCUUUCUUUUGAAAAUGGAUUCCAUGGUAGAUUAUUUGGCUCCUUGAGUACUACCAGAUCAAAACCAAUCCAUAAAUUAGAUAUCCCGGCUUUCAACUGGCCAAUGGCCCCCUUCCCCAAAUUGAAAUAUCCCUUGAAUGAAUUCACCCAGGAAAACUUGCAAGAAGAAGAUCGCUGUUUACAAGAAUUUGAAAGAAUUAUUAAAAAUGAUUGGGAGCCUCAUCAAAUUGCUGCAAUCAUAGUUGAGCCAGUCCAAUCGGAAGGCGGUGAUAACCACGCCUCGGCACAUUUCUUCCAAGGAUUGAGAGAUAUCACUUUGAAACAUGAUAUCCUAAUGAUUGUUGAUGAAGUUCAAACUGGGGUCGGUGCUAGUGGUAAAUUCUGGGCUCAUGAACACUGGAACUUAACCAACCCGCCAGAUAUGGUUACUUUCAGUAAAAAAUUUCAAGCUGCCGGAUUCUAUUUCAGCGAUGAAAAUUUACAACCAAACCAACCUUUCAGACAAUUCAAUACUUGGUGCGGUGAUCCUUCAAAGGCAAUCAUUGCAAGAACAAUCUAUAACGAAAUUACCCAAAAUGACUUGGUCAACAAAACCGCUCAAGUAGGUAACUACUUGUUCCCAAAACUCGCCAAAUUAAGUGAGUCUUAUGGCUCCUUCUUCAAUUUGAGAGGUGAAAAUUUUGGUACUUUCAUUGCUUGGGACUUUAAACAUGCCGAUGAUCGUAAUAAAUUCUUAUUCAAAAUGAGACAGCAGGGGGUGAAUAUCGGUGGGUGUGGUGACGUGAGCGUAAGAUUAAGACCAACCCUCUUAUUCGAAGAGUCCCAUGCCGAUCUUUUGGUCGAUACAAUCGAAGCUGUAUUGAAAUAUUAA